AUUGCGCGGUCGUGAUAAUGAAAACACAAUUUUGCUCUAGUGCUUAAUACAUUGCAAAAAUUAAUACAAUGCGAUUGACAACAUUAGGGAUGAAAAUGCGUUUUGUUUUUACCUUGUUUAAGCGACCACAGCAUGUAGCAGCAUUGAUGUGAUCGCAUUCAAGAUCAGAAAGUGUCACUAUCUACAAGAACUGGUUAAGAAAAUUGUAUUUUCAAGCAGAGAACAAAAUUUUAAGAGAUCUAACAAGGGAAUUAAUCCUAGAAAUUGACAUUUCUUUAUUAUUUAUUAUAAUAUUGACAUUUUACUCUGACAAUUUAACGAUAUUUUGCAUCAUUAUAACAUUAUUUUGCACGCUUAUGAAGUAUAUACAAUAACAGCAAAACCAAACUUCAACAGUAUAUAUAAAUAUAUAAGUGUGAAAAGAUACAUAGAAAACAGCCAUGAACAACAGAACUGUAGAAUCUAUUAGUCCAAACACGUAAACAACGGUUGCACCCAUAAUGUAUUAGUUUACAGAUUAUCUGAAAUGUACAAUUGUAUCAUAAUAUUGCAUAACAUUACCUACUAUAGACAAAACAGUGUCUUUAACUCAGAAUUCAACGCAAUAAAAGUUGUAUGUAUGAAUAUAUUUCUUUUUUUCAAAAAAGUUUUCCAGUAGUACAAAUGUAAAACUUAUAUGCUUGACAGUCUUCAAAAUAGUGGGCAAAAGUCACAAAACAUUUAUGAAAAAUAAAGAUAGGAUUAAUGUACGAUGGCCCCUACGGUCACUUCUCUUCCGAAUUAAAAUUAUACACUUCUCUUCUUUGAUUCAAACCUUUUUUUUUUGUAUUUUAACACUUCUCUUCUGGACUUAACACUUCUCUGCAUGUGCUCUGAAACUUUCUCUUCACAACUAAAUUUAAAAAUCUCGUCCACAAUUUUACACCCAUGGCCUGUGUAUUUUUUUUACUUUUCAGGAAGAAGUAGACUAGACUAACACGUGCUCAAUUUACCAACAUCUGCAUAAAAUGAUGUCAUGAAUCAAUUCCGAUCAGUAGCAGAGUUGUUAAUUUUCUUAUCAAUAGACACAAUAAAUGGGAAAAGAAAUGGCUGCCCAAAAUCCUCAAAAUCAUGGUAGUGUCCACCAACCAAACUGCAACAUGCUUUUACUUUAUACAAAAUGUAUUUUAUCAAAAAAGAAUAAUGAUCAGCAAGGACAACAACAACUGUCCGUGCACUCGUGUUUACAAAUGUGCACAGCUUUGGGUGCCAUUUUGCAAUUCUGAUUUGCUCGUGGGAAAUGGAAAUGUGGAAUCCGAAAUUUAUCCGAAUCCGAAGUCCGAAAUUUAUAUAUUUGUGACAAAAAGCAGAAUCAUUGUUUACCUCUUAAAAUUAAAUAAUAAAACUGCAGACUACUUAAAGGCUUCAGCUAUCUGAAGUAAAAAUUACAAUUUAUGAAACAAAGAAUUUUUAUAAAAAGGCACUGCCCGGAUUUGAACCGGGGAUCUCCUGUUUACUAGACAGGCGCUUUAACCGCUAAGCCACAGCGCCAUGUCUUACGUUGCGAAAUUAAAAGUAUUAGUACUCAUUAUUAAACUCUAAAAUUACCUGAUGUUUGUAACAAGGCAAGAUGGCAAAAACCAAAUAAAAAGUAGACAUGUAUUGCACCAGGCCGGAAACUUGUUAUUGCUGGUGUGACGUCACGGCAAUUGUUACUAACGUUUUUUGAUCUUAUAGAAGUAAUGACAUUGAUUGUAAUACCAUGAGACGUACAUGCCAGUAAGAACCAAUAAAAUCUAACUUGAGGUUGUCAGUUCUUAUUUGCAACAUUUUUUUGUCUGAUCUGUUCUUAUUUUGUUCUUAUAGAGGGACCAUUUAAUAAUUACGUAAAGCCUUAGAGGGGUGCUACCCCUUAUAUUUUGAGAAUCAAUAGGAAGGCUACUUAUACCCGCUGCCACAGU